UAUUAAUAAUCAAACUUAUGAUUUUUGAUUGAUUUUGACUUAUAAACAAAUGCAUUUUGACUUUCUUCAAUUAUGUCACCGUAGGAAGGUGCAGGAAGAUUCAUUGUGGAAAAUUUCUUCUCCUAUCUACAGAAGCAAUAAAAAUAAAUUAGAUAAAUUAGUGAAACUUAAUUGAGUAGUAUAUGUUAAGCCAAUAAAAUAUAUUCUCUCGAAAACAUACUGCAUUCUACUGGUUUCCAUUUUAACAUUUUAAACUUCCUCUUGUGUAUUUCAAAUAUCAUUUUUUUAAUCUUAUAUUUGGCAGCAAGAAAACAAUAUCAUUUUAAUCAUUACACAUUAAGUUCAACAUUUCUAAGUGUCGACUUUUUAUUGCAGUAGUAGCGAGAGCACCAAUAUGGAAUUGGCCUAAAACUAGUAGAAGCGAAGUCAAAUUUUUAACUUAAUGGGUUCUGAAUUUUAUAAUGAUGAUUUCAAAUAUUAAUAACUGGAUUCUAAACUUAAUAUUUGUACAUAUUAAUAAACUUCUUCACUAUUUGAACAAAAGUUACUAGGUUCAGUCGAAUUCGUAUCUGGACUUCUAGCUCUAUCCCUACCUAAAGGGCAGUGGUGAAGGUCCCACCUCCAAAAUAAAAAGUGAAUCUUUAAUUUCUUUUCCACAUGAUAACUGGGGUAGAAAUUAUUCACGAAGACAGAGUCCAAUCCUUACACCUCGUGUUCCUAUUAAACCUGAAAAGCACUCAACAACAAUAACAAGAAAAAGAAGAAGAGAAAAGAGAUGUAAUAGAAGAGCUUUCUAGUUCUGGCAAAGGGAAAAUUAGUAGAAAAGGAUUAGUCCAAUUUGAUGUUCAACAAGAAAAAAAUGACUUGGUUUAUUGAAACUUCAAGAUUUAUGAUCACUGUUCCAAUUGUGAUCAUUUUGGCUUAUCCUUUUCUACAAUCUUGCCCUCCUGCAGAAGCAAUAAAAUCAUCCAAUUCAGAUCAUGUUCCUCUGUUUAACUAUAGAAAGUCACCAAAUUUCAAGAACUCACCAAAAUGUACAACAUUUCCCACAAGUUCAAUUACCACAAAGAUUUGUAAUCCUUCUUUAGUCCAUAUUUCAAUGACCCUUGACACUAAAUUCCUCCGUGGAUCGGUGGCUGCAAUUCAUUCAAUCCUUCAGCAUUCUCACUGUCCUGAAAAUCUCUUCUUCCAUUUCAUUUCAUCAGACACUAUAAAUCUUGAACCCCACUUGGGAAAAAUCUUCCCUUUAUUGUCAUUCAAGAUUUACUAUUUCAAUCCAGGGAUUGUGCAGAACAAGAUUUCUUCUAGCAUAAGGCAAGCUCUUGAACAUCCAUUGAAUUAUGCAAGGAAUUACUUAGAUGAUUUGUUAGAGUCCUGUGUCGAAAGGGUCAUAUACUUAGAUUCCGAUAUCAUUUUAGUCGAUGACAUAUCUAAUCUAUGGAGAACAAGUCUUGGAUUAUCAACUGUUGGAUCACCUCAGUACUGCCAUGCGAAUUUCACCAACUAUUUUACCCCAAAAUUUUGGUCUCACAAGAAGUUUUUUCGCGCAUUCCAUGGUCGGAAACCUUGUUACUUCAACACAGGUGUAAUGGUGAUUGAUUUGAUUAAAUGGAGGAAGUACAGAUACACAAAGAAACUAGAAAGAUGGAUGAAGAUUCAGAGAGUGCAUAGGAUAUAUGAGCUUGGUUCAUUGCCACCAUUUUUAUUGGUAUUUGCAGGGAAGAUAGCACCAAUUCACCAAAGAUGGAACCAGCAUGGACUUGGAGGGGAUAAUUUGAGUGGAAAUUGCAGAAAUAUACAUGCUGGUCCUGUUAGUUUGUUGCAUUGGAGUGGAGGUGGCAAACCUUGGCUCAGGCUGGAUUCUGGCAAAUCUUGUCCUCUAGACGAGCUCUGGGCUCGCUAUGACUUGCAUGGCUACAAAUAGCGUUCACCGACUACUGAGUUCUAAAUUCUACAAGUAAAACUUCAGAACAAUAACUAUUUUUCAAUUAUAGAAGCUGAAAAGUGACUAUUUUGUAACAUUUCCCCCCUUUACAUGGACCUCCUAAGUGAUGACCACAAAUUUGAAAAUUACAACACACAUACAUUCCCAAUUUCUUAGGUCUUCCCAAUAAGAUUCUCAAUGCACCAUUUUGUGUAAAUAGUCUUAUCAAUAAUUUAUACUAAUACUACUGAGUUUAAUGUU